AUGGCUUCUCUUCCCCCCAGAAAGAAAGCUCUUGGUAGUAAAUGGGUUUACAAGAUCAAGUACCACUCUGAUGGUACCAUUGAGAGAUUGAAGGCACGAUUAGUUGUCUUUGGCAAUCAUCAAAUUGAAGGGAUUGAUUAUACUGAGACUUUUGCUCCAGUAGCAAAAAUGGUAACUGUUCGCACUUUCUUAUCCACUGCUACAUCAAAGAAUUGGGAGCUUCAUCAAAUGGAUGUUCACAAUGCUUUUCUGCACGGUGACCUUCAUGAGGAGGAUCUCGGUGUACUGAAAUAUUUUUUGGGUAUUGAGGUUGCUCGAAGUCCUCACGGUUUGUUCUUGUGUCAACGCAAGUACGCCCUUGAUAUUAUAUCUGAGGUUGGUUUAUUGGGAGCCAAGCCAGCUGGUUCUCCCAUCGAACAAAAUCAUAGACUUGCGCAUGCUAAAGGAGAAUUGCUUGCGAAGCCUGAAUCCUAUAGGAGAUUGAUGGGUCGUCUCAUCUAUUUGGCUGUAACGCGUCUAGAUUUAUCUUACUCUGUUCAUGUUUUAUCUCAAUUUAUGCAACAUCCUAAGCAUGAGCAUUGGGACGCAACCAUCCGAGUUGUUCGUUAUUUGAAAGGUGCCCCAGGCCACGGAAUUCUACUUCGUUCAGAUAGUGACUUGUCUUUACAAGGUUGGUGUGAUUCUGAUUGGGUUGCAUGUCCUCUCACUCGUCGGUCUCUCACUGGUUGGUUAGUCUUUCUUGGUCAGUCGCCUAUUUCCUGGAAAACUAAGAAGCAACCCACUAUUUCUCGCUCCUCCACGGAAGCUGAGUAUCGUUAUAUGGCCUAUAUUACUUGUGAGUUGGAAGUGGUUCUCUACUUACCAAAUUAUGAAAAUGUGUCGGAUCUUGAUAAUAUUGAUCUUCAUGUUGCUUACAAUAUGAGGCAAUAUGAUGAUCGAUUUGAGCAAUUCAAACUUCAAAUUGCGAGAAUGGAAAGAAACCUCCCAGCUUUCAGUGCUCAUAUUGGAAUUACUCCACCUUCACCACCACCACUCAUGUAG